UUUUUUUGAGGGCGACGGUGGCGGUAAUAAUAACGGGAAUGGUCUGAUAGCUGCAGGCAGUGGAAUAGUAGGUUCAGCCCUCAACGCAAUGAGUGCUAUUAUUUGUUGUUCUUCUUUAACUAAUUUACAACGACCAUUUGCUGAUGGCCGUAUUUAUACUGAAAACAAUCAUAAUACUCAACAUGUUGGUUUGACAGUUGCUGUAGAGAAAUUACAGAUCGAGAGGAGCAAAGUCAUUGACAUGGAAAUAAAAAAGCAGGCAGAGAUGAAUGAUAAAGUUGUAAAGAUAUUGCUGCUUGGAGCUUCUGAUUCAGGCAAAAGCACAAUAGCUAAACAAAUGAGGAUAUUACACACUGAUGGAUUCACUCACGAAGAGCGUCAACAUUACAAGUAA